AAACUACACGAAAGCGAGUCUAUCCUCUUUCUUACUUCUAUUCACCACGUUAAUGUGUGAUCCUGCCACGUUUGCUUCCAGAAUGGAUACCGCAAGCCUCCCAGACUACCUAACCAUCCCAGGGAAAACGAUUCCUAGCUUUCAUUGCCGCGUCGGUAGAAAGCACAAUGAUCGUCAACCUUUGCCAGCCAACACCUACGGGUACCCUGUGCCCGGCGUGCAGGAACCUACUUCUACGUUGGUCAUGGCCCGUGACUACUUCGCGAGUGACCAGACGUGGGAGAACAUCCUGGCCCAUGGAGACUUUGAUUACAUCGUUAUCGGCUCAGGCUUUACUGCUCUCGCAUUCAUUCAGAAGGCCCUCGAACUCGACCCGUGUGUCAAGAUUCUUUGCUUAGAGCGUGGAGGCUUUUGGCUUCCGUCCCACUUCCAGAACCUCCCGAUUCCUUUCAAAAUGGUUCUGGGAGGGCCUUCUGAGACAUUCCCCUGGACGCUCUCACGCAAGACCUUUGAAACAAAAGAGCUUGGAUUUUGCCAUGGCUCUUGCCCAUUCUUCGGUGGUCGAUCCACAUUCUGGUCCGCCUGGAGCCCGAGGCCAAGCCUAGACCUUAUGCGCGACUUUCCUGAGGCUAUGAAAAAGACUGCUGGGCAUGAGAAGUUCUGGGAAGAGGCCAAAGAGCUGUUGAAUGUCACACCCGCCUCCCAGAUUAAAGACGGCGUCUUUGGAAGCCUUCAGACUGCCAUUGAUCGCAUUCUCAAGGAAUCGAUUGGCAGGAUUCCUACUGCGGACUACGUUGAGUCGGCUCCACUAGCUGUCGGACGACGCAGCCCAACUUCUCGUCUGCGGUUUGACAAGUUUUCUGUCCCUGGGCCUCUUCUUGGCAUCUUGGAACAACAGAGGCAACUGGCCAAGACUAAUAAGGGAUCGCCUUUGGAAAUAAAGGUUGACUGUGCGGUAAAAAGUAUGGAGAAAGGCGACGACGACGAUUCUGUUCGUGUUAUCGAAACUAACAAGGGCACAUUAUCGUGGACUGGUAACAAGACUAAGAUCAUCCUGUGCGCUGGAGCCAUUCCUAACGCCACGAUGUUGCUCAACUCGUUUGAGAGUUGCCGCGACACCGUCGGUAGGAGGCUUACCGGCCACUACGAUACACACAUCUCUGCAAGAUGCCCCUUGAAGAACGUCAAGGGCUGGCAAAAGGAAGACACCCUCAAAAUUGCAGCUGCAUACCUGGCUGGCAAGGAUCCCAAGACUGGCCUGCAGUAUCACGUCUCGGUCACGGCGAUGCAUAGUCCCAACCCGAAAGACGAUGCAGAGGACGCGGCUCGCGAGUGCCCAGAUUAUGCUGCUGCGGCGACCCUUGAUCAACUCAACGGCUCUGAGGACUACGUUGUGUUUGUCUGCUCCGCUCUCGGGGAAUUCAAUGAGAAGAACACCAAGAACUAUGUCACUCUCAAUAAAGGCACCGACCCGACUUGCAACGUUACCCUGCAGUACACAUUGAGCGACGAGGAUUAUGACUCUUGGGAUGUAAUGGAUAAGGCAACCUACGAUACUAUCAAAGAAAUGGCAGGCGGCGAUGAACACGAGUCGAGUAUCGAAUGGUGGGAUGAGACAACUCAUGGCUGGAUCAAGACAAAACCAGCAGUCGACACUAUUCGAAUUCCUGGUGUUGUCCAUGAGGGAAGCACUUGUUUCAUGGGACCCAAGGAAAUCGGUGGUUCCGUGGAUGAACUUUAUCGUCCCCAUGGGAUUGAGAAUGUUCAUGUCACUGGAGCUGCUCUUUUUCCAACUGCGGGUAGUUGGAACCCCACGAUGACGAUGUGUGGUUUUGCUCAAGACUUGGCUCACAAGCUGCAUGAAAUGAGGCCUCAAGAGAACGAGUGAAGAGCAUCAUAACGUCGCGGGGUGAUUUGAUGCGGGGCGGAGAGGCCUUGCUGAAGGGUUUUUUCGCGACUAACUCGCAAGGGCCAGGCUUAUUCCCUUUUCUCGGCGAACAGUAAAAAAUAAAUGAAAGUUAUUUGGCGCAACAUCUGCGGCGUUGGCGAAAGGGGGUUCAGGUGGUAGAAUACGCUUUCGAAUCUCUCGGUCAGGUCGUACCAGGUCGUUGUUAUUGUUGCUGGUCCGUGUUUCCAACAAGAGAUAAGGUAGACUCCUCCAAUUGUUACGAAAACGAAUCAGAGACAAUGCCUUUGCAUAUUUCUACUA